CUUCUUCCAUCCAAUCCCCACUCAGUCGUUUCUUUCGAAAUGUCCUUCGCUAUGCUCAGGAACGCUGCCAGGUCCGCAUCCCGUCGGGCCACUCGUCAGUUCUCUGCUACCGCUGAGAACCCAGCCUUGACCAAGUACCUGGCCGAGGAGAAGGCCUUGACCCAACACGCUACUCAAACCACCGACCUCUGGAGGAAGAUCAGCUACUACGGCUGCUUCCCGGGCAUCGUCGCCGUCGUCGCAUGGGUCUACAACGUCGAAGUCGAGCACGCUGCCCACAUCGAGCACCUCAAGGAAGAGAACGGUGGCGAACUCCCCGAGACCCCUGCCUACGACUUCUUGAACCGCCGAGCCAAGCCCUUCCCCUGGGGCGCCAACUCCUUGUUCUGGAACCCUGACGCCAACAAGAACAUGGAGGAGUAAAUGUGCUUUAGACGUGUUGUUACCUUAGACCCGAGAUAUCCAAUCCAUGUCUUUCUUUUAGGCUCC